CAUGCAUGCAGACACCGUCUUUCUUUCCUGUGCUGUGAUUUUUGCAGCCUGUUGGAGGACGAUACAGGCCGUCUCUCCUGUCCCCUCGGUCCCCGACCGUGUCCGGGCCCUGGCGGGCUCCUGUGUGGUGAUUCCCUGCUCCUUCACACCUCCAGCUCCUCAUCCUCUCAGAGGGAGGAAGCAGAGGGUGGAUGUGCGGCUGAGAUUCAGAGGCGGAGGCCAAUUUUUUCCCCUCCGAAGCACAGCUUUCAACAGUCAGGACAGAGAUCAAGUGAGCCGCGACUUCCAAGGCCGGACGUCCCUCUUUGGACGAAUUGCAGAUGGCGACUGCUCGGUGAAGAUCGAAAGGAUCAGACAGGAUGACCCUCAGGCUUUUGAGGUUGCUCUGAAGGCAGGAGAUGACUUGCUCUGGGGAAAGCCACAAAACUUCAAGCUGGAUGUUACUGACACACCUGAGGCUCCUGUGGUCAGCGGCAUGUUGUCUGCCACAGAGGGGCAGCAGGUCACUCUGAACUGCUCCGUCAGCUUUAACUGCCCCUCCAGGCCUCCGGCCCUGCAGUGGAGAUGGGAGCGAGGGAGUCUGCUGAACGACACCGAGCCUGGAGAAGUGCAGACCCUCCACACCGACCCCCACAGGCUGACGUUACUGGCCUCUCUCUCCUUCACCGUCUCACACCAGGUGAAGCCCAGGCUCAAAUGUGAGGCCGAUUACCCAGGAGCCAAAACUUUAACCACGUCCAGGGAUCUUCACGUCACAUUCUCACCUAAAGACGUGAAGGUGCAGGUGCAGACCCUGACCGUGCACGAGGGGGGCAGCGCCUUACUAACAUGCUCAUGUAAAGCCGAUCCUCCAGUGACGGAGUACCGCUGGUCCUACACACAACACGGCCACACCGUGCACCCCCACCAGCGGACGCACACGAUCCGGGUGUUCAACGUGACCCGGGACAUGAGGCUCCGCUGUUCAGCUCAGAACCUGAUUGGUCGUGGAGAGUCGAGUCCCACAGCCCUGAACAUACAGUAUAAGCCAGCCAUCCUCCGGCUCUCCUCCACCUGCACUGUGGAGGAUUCUAAGGUGCUCUGCAGCUGCUCGGUCGACUCCAACCCCAGACCUGCCGUAACCUGGAGCGUCAACGGGACUGUUCCACCUCAGGAUUACAACCUGUCUGCCACAUCAGAGCCCAACCUGCUGACGGCGACUUUAACAGGCUACAUGGACAGACCUCAGACGGUGAUUUGUUUUGCUUUCAAUGCAGUGGGAAACGACUCGCUGGUUUUGCUGCAGGGAGGCAAAGAAACAGCCCCUCUGCUGUGGUUGGUUCUGCCUGCUCUGGCCAUCUGCCUGGUAUUAUCGCUUCUGUCUAUUCUUGUCUACUGCUGCCGGAAGAAAACUAAAAAACAUGUCCUGAAUCGACAUCCUGCUGUUUACCCUGAGGGAAUGGGGAUUUAUCAGGACAGGAUGCCCCUUUACAUCAACUGCACGGAAGUGACGCACAUUUACACCAAUGGCAGCUACCAGCUUGUGUACCAGAACUGCACUCCUCUUUUUGUCCAUACCAAGCAGAUGCGUCCGAUGGGAAGAAGAGGUGGGGAGAGAAGAAGAGGUAGAGAAGUUGGAGGAAUGGACAGACAUGCUGGUCUGGGAGUCAGACGAACAAGAGAGGUCCAGAACACUGUGGCAGAUGCAGAUACAGCCAUCUACCUGGAGAUCCUUUGAACUCAGAGCCACAUUACUCUCAUAUUCUGCAAUAUUCAGACUUGUUUUCAUCCUUGUUUUCAUCCUGAUUGUCAUCUCUGUCUUAUCUGAUUCCGGGCUAAUGUGUACAUUGUAUAUCGAUGUAUGCAUUUGAAAAGCAUUUAUUGUGCGGUGAGACCUCUUGGACACCAGUGGUGGUCUAUCUCACUCAUUUUUUAUAAUCGGUGCAAUUUUCUUCUCUGAGUGUUGUUGUGUGAACUGUGUCUUUACCCUUUUAUGAAAGAAAGCAUUUGAGAAAAGAUUUGAUAAAAGGGCCAUCAUCACCUUGUCAGUGAUGCCUGAGAGAAUACAAGUCCAAGGUUCUGAUAUAUCUGCCACACUCGCACCGCCUACUUUUGAUUUGCAGAGAGAGAGAGAGAGAGAGAGAGAGAGAGAGAGAGAGAGAGAGAGAGAGAGAGAGAGAGAGAGCAAGAGAAACAGAGAGAAAGAGAGACCUCUACUGACAUUUGUUCCUCAUUUUAUGAGUGAUGGCUCUGUUCCAUUAGAAAUCCCCUAGAGCUUGACUGGUGUCAUUCAUAAAUCCUGGAGAAUGUUAAAUUGAAUUCAAAGAACAUUUUUUAUGAUGAUUUUAAGACUAGAUUUACACAUAUUAUAUAUUUAUUGUCCUGAUGUUAGUAAGGUUAGAAAUAGAAUUGCUUUCAUCAUUCAAACAAUAAUUCGACCAAUAUAUCAAAAUAUGCAACUACUGUCCAGUUUGCCUGUCUGGUUGGAUUCAUAUUGAUCAUUUGUAUUUUUUUGGGUGAUUGUUUACAUAAGCUUUAUUUACAAGUAAACUGGCAUCGGUGCCUUCCUACUG